AUGGACACCGACAAUGUUCCUGAUCCUAGUCAUGCCGCUCUCGCCCUCGAACACCCUAGUGUUUGUCUCAUGUGCCAACUCUGGGACCGUCAUUGCUGGCCUCAGCAUCGAGCGCCCGGCCAGAGGUGUGGUGGCUGCGAGACAAAUGCACUCGCUUGCCUCAGCCCAGAAUUUGCCGUCCUUUUAUUUGGCACUGACGCUUCGUCUAUACUGGGCAUCUAUCCUCUCGGCCUAUCUGAGGGCCCCAUUUAUUACGAAGGUCCCGAAGGUGCGAAUUCGGGAUUGGCUCGGCUCAUUCUCCGUCAAGUCGCAACAUUGGCUUGCGCCAUGCCCUUCCCCUGGGCCCUUGCAGGAUCCGAUCAGUUUGGUCUUCAUCCUGCAAGUUCUGAUAAUGGCGGCGAGAUUGCUUCAGGCGGUGCGCUAGUCCCCUGUCUCGAUGAUGAAGCAACGUCCGCUUCGACAACCACUUGGCAACCAGACUGGAAGGUUCCUGGCGGCUAUGCCGGUGCCUCAAUGCCGGAAAGCACCCUUGCUAGAAGGAACCCUUUCACUCAACCUUGCGGUGUUCAUGCCCGUCGGGGAACCUACUGGAACACCGUUAUUGUCACAAUAUCACCGUCCCUUGAACGUUAUUUCUCUGUCCCGCAUGCUCUAGGCGCGGACUUUGUCCCACGGGAGGGCAUCUUGAGCCGGAUCCUACAAAGCCUCUCCCCGGGAUCUAACACCAAUGGAUACAAUGUUCUCUUUCUGGAAGGCCUUCCGGGGUCUGGAAAGACCACGAUGGCUCUCAAUGUUGCCUACGAAAUUCGUGAGCGUUAUCCAGAGCACUCUGUUUUCUGGCUGUCAGCGACAAGUUUGAGCGAGUUACAGGAUUCUUACAAACGAAUCGCCAAUGUUCUUGGGAUACAACUACACCAAGACAUCGCCACUGACCAUUUGCAAAUCACUCAAGCACUUGAGCAGCUCGACCGAGGCCGUUGGCUUUGGAUCAUCGACACGGAGCAGCAUAUCCGCCCAGAUGGCUCUAACCCUCUCUGGCAGUAUCUCCCACGAAACAGAAAUGGGACGAUACUCAUUACAGGGAGGAGUAGCCAGGCCGCCGCGAGUCUCGGCGCUCGGCCAGGGAACAUCAUCAACGUGUCGCGCAUGAGCGAUGACGAAGCUGUCAAGCUCUGGCGCCAAAGCAUGUUUGACGGCGUUGAAUACGGCACUGGGAGUAGACUUGAAAUGAUUAAACAUCUGGGGCAUUCACCUCUGGCAAUUAAGAAGGCGUGCAGCUACAUCACAAUGAACUGGAGCCUCGUGGCUGAAGGCACCAAGGUCGACGGAGUCGUCACCCAGCCGCAGCGUGUGAAUGUCUCAAUCUCGCUGGCAGAAAAUUUUGACCCUUUGUUCCGCUUGAUCAAGCGCAAGGAGCCAUUUGCGUGGAGCACUCUGUGCUUCACGUGCUAUCUUGACGCAUCUCCUAUCCCGUUGUCCCUGCUUCCAGAGCCACCUCAGGGGGUUGAUAUCUAUGAGGCCCUCCAAAGGCUUAAGGAAUAUUCCUUCAUACUCCCAGGGAAGGAGGGCCCAUCCAGCUCAAUUCGGAUUGAUCCGAUUGUGCAGCUUUCUUUGCGAGUCUGGCUGAACAAUGAAAACGAGAAGGUCCAAGUGGUCAAUACAACGAUGAUCAAGCUUGCCGCAAGGCUGCCACCACCAACGACCAGUUCGUGGGAGGAGUAUUUCCCGCAUCUGUGGGCUAUUUUGAGGUUCGCACACAGCACAGAGCUGAGCGCUGAGAUCAUAGUACGCUCUAAAUUCGGCCUCGGCCUCUGGGCCAUGGAUCAACUCGAUGAUGCGGAGAUGCAGCUGAGGAAUUGCAUCAUACUCAGCAGAUUGGGCGAGGGCCAGAGACCCAUUGGGCUGUUCUUAUGUGCGGAAAUUCUGGCGCUGUUCCUGAAAGAGGACAGCAGGCUCGAUGAAGCUGAGUUCUACCGACAUGGCACUUCCGAUUUGAAAUUUCACAAGUUCUCAUCUUUCUUGUGGAAUCGACAUUUCCGGUAUAAUUGUCUGGAUCUUGCGGUCCAGAGGCAGCGUCUUCUGGAGCAGGUUCACAUGUAUCCUUGCGUUCAGAACAUCUUGCAGAAACAACUUGGAGCGAGUAUCUGUGCCUGA